ACUAUGAUACUUUCUGUUUUGUCGAGCCCUGCUUUGGUCUCUGGUUUGAUGGUUGUACGUGCUAAAAAUCCGGUACAUUCCGUUUUGUUUCUCAUCCCAGUCUUUCGCAACACUUCAGGUUUACUUCUUUUGUUAGGUCUCGACUUCUUCGCUAUGAUCUUCCCAGUAGUUUAUAUAGGAGCUAUAGCCGUUUCAUUCCUAUUCGUUGUUAUGAUGUUCCAUAUUCAAAUAGCGGAGAUUCACGAAGAAGUAUUGCGCUAUUUACCAGUGAGUGGUAUUAUUGGACUGAUCUUUUGGUGGGAGAUGUUCUUUAUUUUAGAUAAUGAAAGCAUUCCAUUACUACCAACCCAAAGAAAUACGACCUCUCUGAGAUAUACGGUUUAUGCCGGAAAGGUACGAAGUUGGACUAAUUUGGAAACAUUGGGCAAUUUACUUUAUACCUACUAUUUCGUCUGGUUUUUGGUUUCUAGUCUUAUUUUAUUAGUAGCCAUGAUUGGGGCUAUAGUACUGACUAUGCAUAGGACUACUAAGGUGAAAAGACAGGAUGUAUUUCGACGAAAUGCUCUGGAUUCUAGGAGGACUAUAAUGAGGAGGACGACAGACCCGCUCACGACAAUAAGGAGAAGCAGUGGUUCGAAUCCACAUCGUGAGCUUUAGUGCACAAGUCGUCGAAUCCCAACAUUUGGGGCAGGAGUCUCGACGACAAGUCGUGCCUGCAGUUGUUCAUGCACAUCUUAAGAAGCUCCCAUGCUUCAAGAUUGAAGUUUUCACCAGAAAUCUCUGUAAAAAAAAGAACGUUGUAACGAGAUCGCAUAGGUCCAACAUAAUCCUCCUAACAGGCAGCCAAAGAUGGGCGAGGAUCAAUUAGUUAGCUAACGAAGUUGAUGUUGAAGUAGAAAGAAGGCUAAUAAAUAGGAACGGAGUCGGGGAAUUCACACUCUUAACUUGCUCCUGCGACUUCCUUUUCAUUUGGUAGGGCAUGCCAACGAGAUCUCAUGAGAGCUUUGAAUCAGUAAGCUCAUAAUCUAGGGUUCAAUUAGCGCCAACUUCAGGGGAGGGAAUUCACCCCAAAGCGGAUUUUGUUCGCUCUGCUCCUCUUGAUUCUCUUGUUCUAGACAAAAAGAUGAGAGCUUUUCAAGGUAUCCAGUUAGACCCCCGGGUAAAAGAGAUCUAUCCAUUUUAGCCAUCCUUUCCAUUACUGAUCUAGUUGCUCUUGCUAUCUAACCCGCCACUUUAUUAUAUGAUCUUUUAUUGACUUCAAAAAGUCAAUUUUUUGCUUUUUCUCGGGCCGACUUCAUACAUUCUAUUACUUAUAGAAAUAGUCAUGCCAAUCUUCUCGGUAAAGAAGAACUCUUUCGCACGAUCUUAAGAGAGCCUAGUUCCACAAGAGCGUUAUCACGAGCCUUUACUUGAUGAAAGGCGCCCUGUAAGAUGCGCUAUAUCGACAAGGCGAGGAGAAAGCAGCCUAAUGGGAAUAGCUCCAAACCAAAGCUGCCCUCCAUCUCGCAUAUAGAAAUGGUUGACAGGCAUACCUAUUCAUGAUAUCGAAUAGGAAUGAUCAUUAUCAGGGGAUACAGAUAUGCCAUGCUAGGAUGAGCUAGGCUUUCAACAGCAUAAGCCACCUCCCAAGCGGCUUCCCUCCAGUGCCUUUGACUAUUGCUACGGUCAUCAACCGCAGCAUUGAAUUGAGACUUUCCACCUUGCUUUGGACUUGAAUGGAUCUACUUCUCCUCUGCCAGAUCGAUCUUCAUUAAGAGGGUCAACCCAAGCUAUUGCUCUACCUCCUCUCCUUAUGUUAUGGUAGAUUUGGAAUCCCUAUUGGAUUUCUUACUCCAGAAAAAACAGACUAAUCAACAAUAAUGCGCACACGUGAAAAGGCUUACCCCGCAGGCUGACUCUUCCAAUCCAACUCUAUCGAAGGAGAAAAAAAGCUGGGACUACGACUUGCUUAGUGCAGGGCUGCUUGUCGUGAUUGGUUGGACACUCUCUUCGUCUAAGGUCGACGCUUGGUCACUCUAUGUUGCUUUCCCAGCAAGUCUAUUGAAUGGGGUACGAAA